AUAUUCUUCCCAAUCACCUGACACCUUGGCCUGAUUCAAAUCAAUAAUUUAUUUCCUGUCUAAAUCACGUGAACUCUUUCCUUUACCAACAUUUCCUCAUUUACUAACAUACUGCGUUAAGCCAAUAUUCUGGUUAUCAUCACUUUUUAUCACGUGAACACCACACCCCCUUUUCUGAACCCCCUAUUUGAACCCUUUAUUCGAAGAACAAAGGUUCAAUCGAAGUCAUGUCAGCCGCACCGGAGAAUAGUUCGACGCAAUCGGGCGAAAGCUCAGCCUCCAACGGCACUACACCUGCGCCAUCCACCGCGACAACCGCCACUUCGCAGUCCAGCGUUCCAGCCCAGGAUGACUCUCUCACCUGCCGCUGGUCCGGCUGCAGCGACAAAUUCAACACUGCCGAAACUCUCUAUGAGCACAUAUGUGAGAAGCAUGUUGGCCGCAAGAGCACCAACAACUUGAACCUUACUUGCCAGUGGAAUCAGUGCAAGACCACCACUGUCAAGCGUGAUCAUAUCACUUCGCAUAUUCGUGUCCAUGUACCUCUGAAGCCACACAAGUGCGACUUCUGCGGUAAAUCCUUCAAGCGUCCCCAGGACUUGAAAAAGCAUGUCAAGACUCAUGCUGAUGAUUCCGUUCUGGUCCGUUCACCAGAUCAGCACGGGCCCAUGAAUGGCGGCUAUCGACACCAAGGCAAAGCUUCGUCCAGUUACUAUGAUCAUAAUGGUCAAAUCCGUACUAACUCGGCCGCCUUUGGUCAACAGCCUCACCCCGGAAGCCACCCAAGUAGCUAUUACCAGCACCAUUCCCAGCCUUCCUUCGGAGGUCCCAUGUAUUAUCAACCUAUGGGUGGCCGAGGUGAUCAUAUGGGCUACCAAGCUUCUGCGGAGUACGACAACCGCAAGCGCACCUAUGAUGUGUUGAACGAGUUCUUCGGUGACGCGAAGCGCCGCCAAAUGGACCCAAACUCGUAUGCCCAGGUUGGACAGAGACUCAUGCCUCUACACAACGUUUUACCCAUCCACUCAGGUUCCCUCGGCGCCGAGUACCUCCCCAGCCCCGCCGUCAUGACUGUGGACGGCCCUGCUGGCCAUGGUCCUUACCAGCAGCACUAUUCAUUGCCACCGAUGCCUAACGUGCGCACUAAGAAUGAUCUCAUUCAGAUCGACCAGAUGCUAGAGCAAAUGCAGAGCACGGUGUACGAGAGCUCUAACACAGCUGCGGCCGCCGGAGUACACCAGCCUGGGUCACACUACGUGCCCCUUGGCUUCCGUCACAGCCAAUCGCCACCGCAUUCCGGGGCGCAUCAAUCCAAUGCCAUGAACAAUAGUGGAUACUCGGCCGCACACGUGGCAUCGCCGCUAACUGCAGUCUCUUCGACACACUCGAACGGAACUCCCGCCGUAACACCACCAUCUAGCUCUAUGUCAUACACGUCUGGCCAUUCGCCGAGUGCUUCUUCCUCGGGUCUGUCACCGUCCACACGCCACAGCUCGACUACCUCGGCACUAUACCCAACUCUUCCCGCCGUCACCUCCGGCUACCCUGGCCAAUCCGCGACAUCCACAUUGGGGCCCAACUUCGAUUCGGAUCCCCGCCGCAGAUACUCGGGUGGCAUGCUCCAGCGCGCCAACGCCGGCCCUAGACCACACCUCGACCGUGAACUCACCAGCACGCCCAAACCGGAGCCGGCUGCUUCUGCCGUCAGUUCGCCGUCUGCAGAGUCUGAAGCUAGUGCCGAGGCUCGUGAGGAUCAGGCAUACGAGGCAUGGCUGGAACACAUCCGCGUCAUCGAAUACCUCCGCGAAUACGUCAUCGACCGCAUCAAGCGCAAGGACUAUGACGAGGAGAACAACUCUCACUCGCACUCCGGCUCGCACUCAGGCAGCGAUAUGGAUGUCGACUCGCCUGUUCGCCCGCCAUCUCAGCCGGCGUAUCCUGCUCUUCCUAUCUAGAAUGUUGAAGAAGCAACUCGCGAAGGGCAGUAUCUAGGCAUCUACCUAGGUAGGCAGGUAUGCAACGCAGCAACAAACGCAAAUAGCUGUGGCCUUUUUUUUU